GAAUCUAGACAACCAAAUUCCAUUGGCUCUCCCCUUUGCCUUUCCCCUCCCUCCAUCUCUAUACUCUCCCCUCUUUUCCAUCACACCCAAACCUUGAAUCCACUCUCUCUCUCCUUCUGAUAUUUCUAAUUCCUCCUUCCUCAACCUUCAUAACCCUUCAUCUCCCUUGAAAAAAGAUCAGUCAUAUACCCAACAAAAAAUGGCAGCAACCAUUGCAAUUUCAGCCAUGCUCAAUGCCAAGUGCUUGACCACCCCCAAAACCACCAACCCUUGCAAGCCAGCAGCAAAACCCAUCUCCCUCCUCUCCAUUCAAAACCUCCCAAAAGGCCUAACCACCUCAAACCCAUCACACAAUCCCGCGUCGCUCGCCGGAACCGCCAUCGCCGGGGCAGUUUUCUCGGCCUUGAGCUCGUGCGACCCUGCCAUGGCGGUACAGCAAAUCGCCGUCAUCGCCGAAGGCAGCGACAGCCGCGGCCUAGCCCUGCUGCUGCCGAUAAUUCCGGCAAUCGCUUGGGUUUUGUUCAACAUUCUUCAACCGGCGGUUAACCAGGUCAACCGGAUGCGGAGCACCAAGGGAGUCAUUAUCGGGCUCGGAAUAGGUGGAUUGGCUGGUUCAGGAUUUUUGUCUAGCACGCCUCAUGCAUUAGCCAGUGAAGUUGCUUCGAUUGCUGCCGAUGCUGGGAGUGAUAACAGGGGACAGCUUGUGCUGUUUGUUAUUGCUCCGGCGAUUCUUUGGGUGCUAUACAAUAUUCUUCAACCAGCUUUGAACCAGCUCAACAAGAUGAGGUCUGAGUGACAUGGGUGGGGCUUGAAUGUGUUAUAGAUAGCUCAAGACUACUUGUAAUUGCAACUCCUUUUUAUGGAACUUUUGCUGUAAUGAAUUACUACUCGUGUGCAAAAGUUGAUCCAAGUGUUGUAACAAUUUACCAAGCCAAACCGAGCCUUAAGUUCCAAUCAAUUGGGGUCAACUAUAUGAAUCCGUGUUUUCCA